UGCGUCAGCCUGUCAGUCGGCGCAGAAGCGGGGAAGAUCGUGGUUCGUAUAAUGAAGAGAGCAGUUGCAUAACCAGCCUUCCCUCUGAACGUUUCUAUGUGCGCGAUUGUUUCAUCGCAAAAGUGGGCGUAACAAGUUGUGCAGAGCGAUUGGUACACAAGUGCAAGUUAUUGUUUGCUCUUCAACCCUUCCCAGUUUUAGUGAAUUUUCAAGUGAAGUGUGUUGUUUUUGUGUAAUUAGUGUUGCCGAGGGCGUCACGACGGCUUCUCUACCGGAGUAUCGUUGGGACGAGAACAACAAUGGAUUCACCGCAGAUGUAUGACAGUACACAUCCUUCAGCCAUCAAUUCCGCCGACGUUCACGCCAUCAACUCCAGUAAGAAAUCAGUGGUGAACACUAAUAAUAACAACAUUGCAGCAAUCAACAACAAUACCAAUAAAUCUGCUGCUACUCUGCUGACAAAACAGCAUCAUCAGUUUCAUCACACUGACCAUCAGGGCGAGCUGGCAGACUUAAAUACCCCCGAAAUUUCUCUUGACCUCCAAAACUUGAUUGACGACAGUCAGUUCAACGACGGUCUGUUCACAGAUAUCCUGAAUCCUACUAAAACAAAUACUCAUCCUAGUUCCAUAGCCCAUCAUCAGUCUGUGCGAGGACACAAUACCCUGAUCCAGGGCAGUUACCCACGAACCACUCUUGCGUACAUGCCCCAGCCUGUUCAUUCAGGAGCGUCAAGUUACAACACAGCCAACACAACCAACAACAACUCAAACGCAUCUAUUUCCUCGGAUAACUCUUCGGCAUCCUCAGUCAGUGUUCCAAGCAUCAAAGAAGAGCCAGUUGACCCAGCGGACUUCAGAAACGCUUGUCAGCAGCAGAAUAUCACGUCCGGCACCACGGCAGCCGUUCCCGUCCCGUAUUCGACUUCUUAUUCGCCGCCUUCUGGCGCCGGAAGUAAUUUUGUCAGUAACGGCGCCGGAUCAACGUUCACGGCGUUGACACCUUCAACAGUACCCGGCGCUGCCUCCAAUGUCCAUCACCAACACUCGUCUCUAAUUGGAUUAGGGAAAAAUAUUGCCCUCUCUAAAACCACUCCGCACCACCACCACCAUCACCAUAGCAACAACAGGAAGAGUGGAAAAUCCGUGGAUAAAGCAAGCGACGAAUACCGGAGACGUCGUGAAAGAAAUAACAUCGCAGUGCGAAAAUCACGAGAGAAGGCGAAGCUUCGUUCGAGAGAAACCGAGGAAAAAGUUAAACUCCUUGUCAAAGAGAACGAACGUCUGCAGAAACGAAUCGAACUUCUGAGCGAGGAAUUGAACGUUCUUCGGUCUUUGUUUGCUAAUGUGGGCGUUGUACCAGAGCAUCUCCACAGGGAGAUCAACAGACACCUGGACACUGUACAGCAACAGCAGCAUCAGGGAUUAUGAGAAACGGACCCCGGGACUUUGGCGGAAUCCAUGGACCAGAUGCAAUGGCAACAUCAUGAAGAAUGGUCUUCUGUUGCCAGCGAUUUGCCGAUCUCGUGCCAGUGGCAACACCACCAAGGCUUAUAAGCGUUCGAACCCGUGCCUUCAGCAUUCAUUUAUCCGUCAUCAAAGUGCCCGUGGUAGCUUUAUAUUAGAAGAGAGAAAUCAGUAUCUAGAGUAUGUCAUAUUCAUUAGUGGUAAUAUUAUGAAUUGCAAUCAAGAAUGUGAAUACGAGUGGUUAGUUUUCAAUAAGGAAUCAUGUGCCUGCUGCAGAUCAGUUCUUUCAUGGCAGUGUAGAGACUCCAUUCAAGUAAGCGCUCGAAUGUACCCUGCUAAUGCUGUCACUUACAUAUGUACAGUUUAUGGUUGUGAGCGUAGCAUUCGUUGGGUACAUAUCAGUAAGCAAGAACUACAUACACAUUGCUCAUCGAGUGAUUUGCACCUAGGGUUUUGCCGUGAUAUAGCGGAGUGUUGUGAAACGAAGUACUUCAACAACCAUUCGAAAAUUCAACUGUUUUCAUAUUAUCACAGUGGCAGAAUAAAUGAACAUCCUUCAAAGCAGGAACGAAACUAUUAUGUGCCUGGUACAGUGUGUUACAGAAACGACCGCAGUAAGGUAAGCCUGUUAUUUCUGAACACUUUGGCGCAGAAAGACAUAAACUGUGGUAUUCAGCAUUAUGGAUCUCACACAUGUGACAGUGAAACCAGAGCUGAGGUGUUGACCACAGAGUUCUGCAGUUUUACAUUCAUUUUGGUUGAAAGUUCUAAGAAGUACCUUUAUACUCUGUAUGAGAUAACUGAAAUUCUGUGCCUUCUGAAAAAUGCAACGUACCAUAGGUACAUCGUAAUUGGUGUGAAAGUGAUACAUAGUGUUGGUAAAUGCAGCAGAUUGAAACGC